AUUACUUAGCUUGUCCGGGUGGGUAGUAUAAUGCACCUUUUGAGGCAUGGUACUUACGUCUUAGGGCCACAUGAUACAUCCCCCUGGGCAAUAUCUAGACUCUUGUCCAUACAAAAUCUACCUAAAUAUACUACUCUAAACUUGUGGCAUAUGUAUGUUGUAGGUUCUGUGGAAAUUGACGCGUGAUGAACAUACAGUAAGUUUGCCAUGUUUAAGGGCUCGCUACGUGGUAAACCACCGGAUCCAACCGCUUGGGAAUAUAACGAAUAGCACCGCUAUCAAGGAUCUGGCUGCUAUAUAGAAAUGAAAAUGUAGCAGUGUUACCGUUGGCGAUGGCGAAGUGAAAUCAUUGGAAGGUAAUCACUCAAGGUGAUCUAGAAAUGGCUCUGGUCUACGAAGAGCGCCAAGCAUGUAGGACUGGGUAUAUUGUCGUUGGUAGUAGAUCAGCGUAUCUCCUGAAGGAGCUCACUGCUACCGUUACUCUCAAGAUAAUGGCAUCCCCGCUCCGCCUCGAUAUCAGAUCCCGCCAUUUCGUCGCCCGUCCACUAGAAUACAACACAGGCUCCUUGAUGCUCCCGGAAUCAUGACGGGCAGCGUCCCCUCUCAGUCGCUGGACACUUCGCCAUAGCUCAUCGUCCAACAUUCAUCAUGUCUAGCUCCAUUGACAGUAUUGAGCAUCGUGGGUUGCUCGAAGACGAUCUCGAAGGAAGUAGGCGUGGCGAGAAGUCUUUUAUUCAAUCUUUAUCUCGGUCCUACUCCGAGAGCCAUAUGCCAAAGAGCCUUCUAUUCAUGCUCUUCGUAUCAAUUGCGAUCAAUGUUCUCAUCGCAGUGCUGUACCUACAGCCAUCUCCUCAAUCUGAGAAGCCAAGCAAAUACGCUCACCUCACACACGUUCGCGAAGAGCCCUAUGUCAUAACGACUCCAUACGCCAGUGAUAACGAAACCCUCCAAAAUGAGCUAUGGUACAACAUUAACGUCGACUCGGCCGUCGUCGCCCUUUCCGACGACUGGGUUGCCCGACACGAGCUCAGAAGGGCCCAACGUUUCCCCUGGGAUCAGUCCAAGGGGAUUUAUAUCCUGCACGGUUUCCACAAUUUACAUUGUUUAAAAAUCGUCUAUAUCUCCUUGAGCGAGUAUCGUCGGGGCAUGCCCCAGACCCGUUCGUGGCAUCAUAUCAGUCACUGUCUCGAUGCAUGGCGCAGGCAGAUCAUCUGUGAUGCGGACGACACGCCAAGGGCCACUGACAGACGGGUCGAGGUUGUUAGCGGCCUACAUCAACAUCGUCAAUGUCGAAGUUGGGAACAAUUAGAAGCUUUUGCGAAGCAGCAUACGGCAUGUUACAAGCGUCCCGAAACCCCUGAUGAAACGAAGGCAUCAAAGUUAGAUAGAUUUAAGCAUUGCCCUCCUGAUAGCGGGUAUGUCGUGACGGACGACUAUGUUCCAACCGAAGAACUUAUGGAGGGCCUUCCAGAAGAAUCUAUUCAGGAUCAGCUAUGAACAAGAUGGUAAUUACUUAGGAAGAUGAAAAGCGAAUCGCAUGUCUUAGCAUGACGAAGAUUAAAGUAGUAUUGACUUAUGAAAA